UUGGUGGGAAUGCAAAGCAAAACAUUCACUGUGUACAAAAAGCUAUAAAAACAACUCAAUCUUCUCUCACCAUCUCAAGUACUUUUAAGCCAUUCGUAUUUGGUGGUUGAUACAUAGCAUAGCUAGCACUACAAACCAUCCAUGGCUAGGAAAAACACUAUUCUACCAAUCCUCACCUUAUUCUCAAUCUUUCUACCUCUUGCAAUUUCCAUUGACUUCAAUUAUCCUGCGGUUUUCAACUUUGGGGACUCAAAUUCCGACACAGGUGAGCUUACCGUGGGGCUUGGCUUCUUCCUUGACCCACCAAAUGGACAACACUACUUCAAGACUUCAACAGGGAGAUUUUGUGACGGUCGUCUCAUCAUAGACUUCCUCAUGGAUGAAAUGGACCUGCCAUUCCUAAAUGCCUAUUUGGAUUCAAUUGGCUUGCCAAAUUUCCGAAAAGGGUGUAACUUUGCAGCUGCAGGGUCAACUAUACGUCCAGCAACACCAACAUCUGUCAGUCCAUUCUCGUUUGGUGUUCAGGUGGCUCAGUUUCUCCGAUUCAAAGCCCGGGUUCUUGAAUUGCUACCUGAAGUCUGUGCAGGUAAGAAAAUUAGCAAGUACCUCCCAGAAAAAGAUUAUUUUGAGAAGGGGCUUUACAUGUUUGAUAUGGGCCAGAAUGAUCUUGCUGGUGCAUUUUAUUCCAAAUCAUUGGAUCAAAUACUUGCUUCAAUUCCAGCAAUUUUGGUUGAGUUUGAGACAGGAAUACAGAAACUAUAUGAUCAAGGUGCUAGAAAUUUUUGGAUACACAACACAGGUCCUCUCGGAUGCUUGCCUCAAAAUGUAGCCAAAUUUGGAACUGACCCAUCACAGCUUGAUGAGUUAGGAUGUGUCAGUCAACAUAAUCAAGCUUCUAAACUCUUCAAUCUGCAGCUUCAUGCUCUUUGUAGAAAAUUACAGGGCCAAUUCUCGGAUGCAAAUGUCACAUACGUGGAUAUCUUUACUAUUAAAUACAACCUCAUCGCAAACUACUCUCGAUAUGGAUUUGAGCAACCUAUUAUGGCCUGCUGUGGGUAUGGAGGUCCACCAUUGAACUAUGACAGUCGCGUUUGCUGUGGGCAAACAAAGAUCUUGAACGGGACCUCAGUCACAGCCAAAGGGUGCCCCGACAGUACUGAGUAUGUCAGUUGGGAUGGAAUUCAUUACACUGAGGCUGCAAAUCAGUAUGUCUCAUCACAAAUACUCACUGGAAAAUACUCCGAUCCACCCUUCUCAGACAAAAUGCCUUUCCUUCUGAAUCUCAAGUUCUAAAAUCAAAUACUCUUAUUAUUAUAAUCAUCUUAUUCUUUUCCAUUGACUUUUGUAAGUAAUUGUAAACCAUUUCUCAGAAGUGGUAUCUUUGGUGACCAGAAGCUAAAGUGCAGUAAAUACUGAGUACACUUCAUCAAAUGACAUGCGCUGCAUAACUUUCAUAAAAAAUUUAUAGCUUAGACUUCAAUGCAUUGUUUUAUAUUUCAAUGU